CAUCGCAGCUCUGCCGCCCAUCGAGUGCCCCAUUAAACUCACUCUCGAAGCAUAUAGUUGAUCUAUUAAAAACCUUAUAUCGGACACCAUGUGAGCGUAUGUGUGGCUGUCAGUAUGAGGACUUUCACCGUGAUUUCUCACGUCUACCGCUACAAUUUUUCGACUGGGACAGCAUCUGUCGUUGUAGACUUUACACAUGCUGUUCCAAUUCGACUUCGAGCCGAAUAAACCGUGGAUUAUCACAAAAGGGGAUGAGAUACCCCCCUUUCUGAAAGUUGUUUCAAAUGUGGCGUAAGCCAUAUCGAUGGGCUCUAAAGUAUUCGAUGUACUUACACUUGCACAUCUUGAAAUGAGAAAUACUUGUUUGUUAUAUUGAAAUGAAAAUAAUGCUUUCUUGAUUUUUAAAAAUAGAGACAUUUUUCUAUUUGGCAGGUUAUGUUAUGUUUGUUGCUUGUUGUGGUUCGUGACAUUUGACAUUUGACACAUUGUUGUGACAUGUGACUGCGACACUUUUUGACUAAAUUUUUUUUAUGAUUUCUUUACUCAAUUAAUAUUUUAAUUUUAAAUUUGUAAGUUCAUCAUUAGUAUAAAUAAAGCCUUUUACAUUACGGCUAAUUUUACACUUGACAUUGACAGUGACAAGUAAAAGUAACCGCACAACCGCGAUAGGAAAAUAGAUCAUGUGAUAAAAUGAAUGAACAAAAAAAAAUGUAAAUAAUUCAAGCAGCAUAAAGUAAACAUAAAAUGAAGAAAAAUUUUCAAACUACAAAUUAGAGCGAUACAGAAAUUUUAAUUAACAAUAAUGGAUAUAACAGAGUCGUCAACUUCCUUUGAAAAUCUCUACCCUGCUUUAACGCAAUGUUUUGUAAUAAUAAUAUGUGGGUAUUGUGCGGGAAGAUUGAACUGGAUCUCAGAAACGGAAGCCAAAGGAAUAAAUACGUUUAUAGGAACUUUUUCUCUACCUUCGUUAAUUUUUAUGUCGCUCGCAGAAAUAGAGCUCGGACAAGUAAAUUGGACGUUUCUUUUAUCAAUCCUGAUAGCCAAGAGCAUCAUAUUUUUUUCUGUGAUAGUUAUAACCCUUUUGGUUGGAAGGCCUUUGAAGCUCGGUAGGGCUGGAAUUUUCGCUAUUUUCUGCACGCAGAGUAACGACUUCGCUAUUGGCUAUCCCAUAGUCGCCGCUUUAUACAGCAAAUCCCAUCCGGAGUAUGCAACAUAUCUGUACCUAAUGGCUCCGAUAAGUCUGGCGAUUUUGAAUCCCAUAUCAUUCAUUCUAAUGGAAAUCGGCAAGCGUAAAAGAAAUAACAACAACUUGGAGGAAUUGUUAAUAAAUGACGGAGAAAUAAGCGGCCCGAUUAAUUUGCACAAGGAGCGAUUUAAAAUGGCUGUAUCUGUGAUCAAAAAUAUAUUUUUUAAUCCCAUUAUUUUUAUGACUAUUUUGGGAGUAUUGGGAAAUGUUAUUUUUAACCACACUGUGCCCAUAUACCUUGGAGGAACUUUAAAGGUAUUGGGUUCAGCGUUUUCGGCAAGUGCUUUAUUCUUGCUAGGCUUAAGGAUGGUCGGGAAGGUUCACAAACUAACAGGCGCCGCUUUAGUUGUACCAGGAAUCCUAAUAAUGGUGAAACUUCUAGUAUUACCGUUAGUAACGAGAGAAGUGAUAAGCGCUUUACACGCCGGACACAACGAAUCAGAAACAGUAGAUCUUAGUACGUACGGGUUCCUCUACGGGACUUUUCCAUCGGCUCCCACGGUAUUUGUCUUCGCCACGCAGUAUUCCAUAGACGUCGAUUUGAUUGCCAGCGCUAUGGUGGUUUGCACGUUCGUCAGCGCCCCUCUGAUGUUCGUAUCAGCCAAGAUGAUCACCAUAACGAACUGCAGCCCUUUAGAUUACAUCAAGCAACUCGACGCCUUCACGUUGGACAUCAGUAUACUCGGUUUGGUGGCGAGCACCUGGGUGUUGCUCGUGUUUUUUCUUACCAAAAAAAUUCUGAGAGUUCCCCACAAGAUGACGGCGGCGUUGGUCGUCUCGCAGCUGGUAGGGUGUUUGGGCGCGAUUUUGUGGAAUACCUUGGAGGAGAAGGAAGGUUGGGCUGGUUACGUGCAGUUUUCUUUGUUCAGUAUCGGAGUGUACAGCUCGAGAUUGUGGACGAUGAUCUUAGCCGUGACGUUGCUGUUUUUGCAUUGCAGAAGUUUGUGUUUCGUUUUGAAGCUGCAGCCCUUUUUCGUUGCAAUCGGAUGGGGAUUUCCAGUACUUGUAUCCGCUUUACUUUUGGUAUUCGAUACCAGCAGCGGAACCACUCCGUUCGAAAAGAGAAAUCCCAACUUCGUGUACGGAGCCGCCCAAGCAAUCAUAGCCGUGUCUCUAUUAGUACUCUGUUUCGUAGUCACCGUGGGAUGUUUGAUACUACACCAAAGAUACCACCGUCGAUUCGCCCGGUACGUGGACCUUUCUACCGACGUCUUGGACCAGGAGGCUCAAUCCACUCCAGAGGCGGAAACCACCACCGACAUAGCGUCGGCGUUGAGCCCCAGCGCCAGCUCCAGCUCCGAUAGCGGCGUGAGCAGCGUCAAGACGCCGAAAUGUUGCGGCCUGCCCACCAUAGCCGAAGGCUGCUGCGAGGAGAAAGAGAGUCCGGUCGUCGAUAUUGAAGAUAUAUUGGGCGAUUUCGGGAAAAAAGGAAGCGACGGUAGCACGGAAAUUAAAGGAUAUUUGUCGGUGCUGAGCGAGGAAGGGUUGAGUCCAUCGACGGACGGAUUGUGUCCGACGAGGUACGGCUGUGCGGGACCCAGAAGAGAAAUGUGCCAAGGCGUGGUGAGACAGUACCAACAACAAAUCGACGACGAUCUCGAAUUUAUCGAAGAAGAACCGGAAUCUCACGAACCGCAAAUCUUGAGACACAUAGUCUUGCUGAUAUUGCUCUUGUGUUCCAUGUUUGUGGGUAUGUCAUUGUCGAUUUGGACUUUAGUGAUGGAGCAAAUGUCCGGCAUAUACAUCGAACUGUCCUUCCUCGAUGCCACAUUGAAUUUCGGCCAAAGCAUCAUCGUAUUCGCGAUAUUCGGUGUGAAUACGAAGGAAAUCGUCUUGCCGAUGCUGAAGUACUGGCGCAAGCUGUGGUACGGAGCCAAUACUCUGGUAUUGCCCGCUUGGCACGAGCUCAGUCCUGACACCAAACACAUCUGCGAUCAAUUCGUAACGCACCACUUGCAGAAUUGCCGUUUGGCGAUCGCCACCGACAAACGAUGGCGAAUAAAGAUUUACAAGAACGUAUUCUCUGGCGAAGGGUUCGUGGAUUGGUUGAUAGAGGUGGGAUUGGCUCGGGAUCGAGUUGAAGCCGUUAAUUACGCGAGGCAUCUGAUCGAAGGAAAAGUUUUGAGGCACAUUAACGGCGUGUAUCAUUUUUACGACAGAAAUCUUUUGUAUACGUUCGUUUGAACUUUAUUUUAGUUCAAAUGUAUGUAGUUAUAUUUUAAUUUUUUUUUUGAAUCUCAUGCUGUAUUUCGUCUUAGACCAGAGAUUUUGUUUUCAGCUCGUACGUAAACACGUAUUAGAAAUGAUUAUCAGUAUUAGUUUUUGAAUUAAUAAUAGUUUCAAGAGGUUUCAAAUUAGUAAUAACAGUAAAUGCUUCAUAGAACAAGCGUACUAUCGCAUGGAUCAAACCUUGUAAUUUUGUGUUUUUUAUUUAUAUUACUUAAACAUACUAGGCAAGUUUUAAUAUUAUUGAUUUUAUUCAACUGUGGGUUGUAAUUUUAAGACUUAAAUUGUAGUUACCAAAAUGUGUAGAUUACUAUAUUUAUUUAUUUAAAUAUUUUAUUUAUAUGAAUAAUCGUUACUAAGUAUGCUCAAAUUAAUCCAGCAGUGAAGUCACGAGAAUAACACUCGAAUAAACUAUUUAAAUAUCUAAAUUAUCAAGAUUAUCUAAAAUAAAAUGGGAUUUUUCAUAUAUUUGAGGCUGUGGUAUCAUUGCGACAUUAACAUGAACAUACUAUAUUAAUAUACUUUUAUGAUUGUGAUAAAACAAUUUUAAAGAUUGUUCUCAAAUUACUAACUUUCGCAUACCAAAUAUAUUUGUUUCCUAAUGUAUUUCAUUGAUAAAUGUACACGAUUUGCAAGCUGAUUGAAUUCAAAAAGCUUUACAAUAGUGAGGGUCAUUUAGCCAUGAAAUAUUCUAUAGUUUCAGAAUAAUUUUAGCGUAACUAUAAGCAUUAUUGUUGAAUAUAUUUUUAUAAAUAUUCAUUGUUAAUGUUUGACGUAAGGGCACGAUAUAAAAUUGUUCUCAAAAACGACUUGGCUGAUCAUAAAUGUUUCAAAUCAGUUUUGCACUCAUUGUUACACCUAGGUUUUGGAAGAACAACAUUCUUUAUCUAGCUCUAAUUUACUAUUUAAUUUGUGUAUAGUCGACAGCCAUAUGCUAUAUGCAAUAUAAAAAUAGUCUGAAGUAGACAAUAUGAAAUUUAGAGCCAAAAUCUCAAUAUUUUUUUUCAGAUGGGCGUAACAUUUUCAAAUAUCAAUUGUACGAGUAUAACUACUUCAAAGUUUACACCAUCUUUUUUUACCGACAAAAAUUUGAGAUUUUCAGCUCGGCAGUAUACCGCUUACUGUAUUAAAAUUGUUUGGAGAAUCAAAUACAAAGUUGAACAAAAUUUAAGAACUCAUUAUUCAAAACCUAAAUUUUUAAGUUUCCAUUACAUUGAACUGGUAAUUCCUUCACAGUGGCUUUAUUUGCGGAGACGAUUCUGAACAAGAUCCAAAAAUCACUGUAUAAAAUACAAAUAAAAGCCUAUCGAGAAUUGUCUUCGCAAAGGCUACGUUGUUCAUUAAACACUCUCAAAUGGAUCAGGUUUGUUAUAUCUCAAAAGACAAGUUCAUUAAGAAUUCUAUAAUUGAACAAAAGAAAUAAAUCCAAUUAGAUUUUGUUAAAAAUCAGUUAAAAAAGUAGCUACUGUCACUGUUUCUAUCCGUAUAUUAGAAAUAAAAUAUAACAUCGACAAUGUUAAAAUUCUUUAUUCAAAUUACGAUUUUAUCGUCCCUGUCUCAGGUACACGCAAGUUAUGUAUGUAUACGAUUUUAAUAUCGAUUUCUAAAACUACCAAAGUCGAAUUGAAUAAAAAAUCUUGACAAAAUAAAAUAAAACGUUAAGUCCGUAGGAUUAUGCAAAAUAAAAAUUUAUUCACCUGCAUUAACGAGUUCAAUUACUUGUAUAUAAAUGCACAUCUUUAGGGGAAAUACAACGGAGACCUUUUUCGUUAUUUUUUUUUUUUUUUUAGUUAAGCGACGGCGUGAUGUUAUCACACCAAUUUACCUCGAUAUUUGGCCACUUCGUUUGGAGGACUGUCAACAUCGGAUUGGACUCGCAAACCGACUUUAUAUCAGACUCCAACAAUAUAGCCGAACCGACGUGAUAUUGAAC